AUGCUGCGCAGCCCACUGUCGGACCCCGCCGCCUCCCAGCCGCCGCCGCUCGCGCUGCCUUGCCGGUCCCAGCCGCCGCCGCCGCCGCCGUCCAAGGCCAGGAGCCGCUUCGACAUCGAGUCGCUGUUAGCCAAGUCGGAGCCGCCCCGUCGGGAGUCGCCGGUUCCCGGCACCUGGACGGCCGCCGUCGCCUCUUCCUCGCCCGCGUUGCACUUCGGCUGCGUGGCGGCGACGCUGCGCUUCCCGGCCCUGUACCUGGCCGCGCAGCAGCCCUUCCUCUCGGCCCCGGCCUGCCGGUGCUCCGCGCCCGCCUGCAAGAGGCCAGGCCUGGAAUUCCCGCGCUGCACGGGCUCCCUGGGGCCGCCCCUUCCCUGGAGACCCGGAGGUUCCUGCAAGCUGAAGCGAGUCCGCACCGUGUUCACCCCGGAGCAGCUGGAACGGCUGGAGGAGGAGUUCCUGAAACAACAGUACCUGGUGGGCUCGGAGCGCCUGGACCUGGCAGCCACCCUGCAGCUCACAGAGACCCAGGUCAAGGUCUGGUUCCAGAACCGCAGAAUCAAAUGGCGUAAGCAGAGCCUGGAGCAGAAGGCGGCCAAGCUCUCCUCGCAGUUUGGGGCCGUGCGGACGGCCCCCCCUGGCCUGCUGGACGGGCAGGAUAGCGACAGGCAGGAGGAGGAACUCAAUGUGGACCUUUAG